AUGGAAGAAGAAAGAGAAACUUCAUCGAUCACUUUCUUGACGCCCAAUGGUCAACAUCAAAACCCUAACGUGGCGGUUAGUCAACCAAAAAUGGAGUUAACAAAACAAACCCCUAAAACGAGCCGAGGUCGACAGAAGAUAGAGAUCAAAGAGAUCAAGAUAGAGAGCAAGAGACAAGUAACGUUCUCGAAACGACGUCGGGGGCUGUUCAAGAAAUCCGCUGAAUUGAGCGUUCUCACGGGGGCAAAAAUCGCGGUCAUAACCUUCUCUAAAAGCGAUAGGAUCUACAAAUUUGGUCACGUGGACACAUUGAUCGACAAGUAUCUUCGUAAGAGUCCGGUGAGUUUGGACGUGUAUUCCGGCGAUGAUGACGUAGCGGAGGAAGAGGAAGGUAGGAGGCCGUGGUGGGAGCGUCCGGUGGAGAGUGUGCCGGAUGAAGAGCUGCAAGAGUACAUGGCGGCGAUGAGUUCGUUGAGAGAGAAUUUAGGUAAGAGGAUCAUUGAGAUGAGUAAUAAUCGGUCGGCUGAGAUUGCUCCAAUCAACAUGGUGGGUUGGAAUCCAACGGUGGGUUGGAAUCCAACGGUGGAUGUUCAAAGCUUGGAAAAUCUGGCGGAUGGGAUUACUCGGUGUCGCGUGUAG